ACAACUAAACUGAACUUUUCAAACCUUCAAGAAUCAAACUAAAGACGUUUUCAGGUUAAAUGAAUUGGAUGAAUUUGAAGAGAAAUUAGUUUUGAUUUGUCAUUUUUGUUUGUUUGUGGUUAAAACCAGCAGGUUGAUCUUUAGUUUCACAGCUGAUGAGAAGUGAAGAGUUAAACCUUCCUGUGACUCAGGAGCUGCUGGAGGUGGAGAAGCUCUUCCUCUCUCACUCCUCCCUCCAUCAGAGGUUGGAGCAGCUGAGCUCCAAACCUCCUCAGAUCAGCAGCUGAGCGGAAAGCAGCGGCUCCUAAUUUAUUGAACCAUGAAGUUGCGCUCUUUUGCACGCGUGGCGCUGUCCUUUGCGCAUGUUUGCUUCCUCUGCUGCUUUCUGGAGGCAGUUUGCGCUCAGGAAGCUGCUGAGUCUGAUGCGCUCCGGAGGGGGUUGACAUGGCAACACAACGGGCAGGUCUUCAGCAUCCUGAGCCGCGGGGCCCAGUACAGACCCACCGGGAGGCGGCAGAGCGGCUCCCCGCGCCGCAGCGACCCGGUCCUGGUCCUCAGCAGCGCCAACGACACGGCGGCGGGCGCUGCGCCCCGGGGGGCGCCGCGGGUCCCCGCCGCCAGCAGCUCCGCGCAGCUCCGCGCCAUGGCGCGCCGGCAGCCUCAGGCCGCGGGGGAAGGUGGCUCUGCCCCGGCCAACAGGGAGGACGUGAUGGUCGGAGAUGACCCCUACAACCCCUACAAGCGCCACGGCUACGACCCCUACUACAACUACUUUGACACGUACCGCAGACCCAGACCUGAGGCCCAGGCCCGGCCCGGAUACGGAACCCGGUACCACCAGAACGGUCUCCCGGAUCUGGUUCCGGAUCCGUAUUACAUCCAGAUCGCCUCGUACGUCCAGCGGUCGCCCAUGUACAACCUGCGCUGCGCUGCUGAGGAGAACUGCCUCGCCUCCUCGGCUCGCUACUCUGCUGAUUAUGACACCAGAGUUUUGCUGAGGUUCACUCAGCGGGUGAAGAAUCAGGGGACGGCCGACUUCCUGCCCAGCAGACCCCGAUACGCCUGGGAGUGGCACAGCUGUCACAACCACUUUCACAGCAUGGAUGAGUUCAGCCUGUACGAGCUGCUGGACGCCCGGAGCCACAGCCACGUCGCCGAGGGCCACAAGGCCAGCUUCUGCUUGGAGGACACGUCCUGCGACCCGGGAUACUACCGCCGCUACGCCUGCACCUCACACACCCAGGGUUUGAGUCCCGGAUGUUACGAUACCUACAGCGCCGACAUCGACUGCCAGUGGAUCGACAUCACCGACGUCUCGCCUGGAAAAUACAUCCUGAAGGUGACAGUGAAUCCCAGGCAGCAGGUUCCAGAGUCCAACUACAACAACAACGUGGCUCGCUGUGACGUUCACUACACUGGCAACGCGGCUCACAUCUCCGGAUGCAGCCUGACGGGGUAUUGAAAAGAAUCUUUAAAAUGAGCCUGAAGACAAAGUCAAAGGUCGAAGUUCAUGAAGUUAAAGUUACACUUUGUUUACAUGAGACCCAAAAUAUUCACUUAUAAGCAAACGCCUGAAGCAGAGCGGUGACACGUUUCCACAGCAGAGACCCGGUUCUUACUGGACUCUGUUCUGGUUCCUCGUAUGGGUUCUGUAUUACCUCACAGCUGGACUUACUGGUUUCCUGCUUCUUCUUCUUCCCUUACAGGUUUUUAUAUUCAUGGCAUUUACUGAUGGAGGCUGAUUAUUUAGUUAGACUGUAUGGCAGAAAUGAAGAUUAACGCAAAGCUUAAAAACUAUUAUUUAAUCUAGUUUUAUCUGUGUUAGAGUCCCAGGGAAAUAUGAGCAUUUUCUCACAGUUCAGAAAUAUUUUCUUCAAAUCUGUUUAUUUCUAGAGCAAAAAAACAAAAAAAAACUUUCCUUUAUAACACCAAGACUUUUUUAUCUGCAUGUUUUCUCUUGCUUUUUAUAUAAAACAUGAUAUGUGAUGUUUAAUUUAAUCAUUUUAAAUAAUUUCUAGAUAUUUUUACAGGAAACUGACUCAAACUUUGAUAUUUCCUUGAUGGUGAUAAAGAACAGAUCUUUGUCUUUUGGUGCUAAAACCAGGUUUUCCCUCUGUGGCUUUUCAUUUCUAUUAAGUAAAGCUGCAGUCAGAUUUCUGUGGAUGUGUGUGUGUGUGUGUGUGUGUUUUCUGCUGUGGGGUGAGGAGUGGAGUGUGUGUUUGCCUGUAAACACACGAGCCAGCCGGGCUGUAAACGGAUGAGCUCCCAGUGUCGUCUUCCAUCGCUGCUUCAAUAAAUUUGGCUUAAACUUGAA